GUACUGUUGGCAUCGGCGGCAGGUGAGCGAGCGCAUCACGGUGUGCGCCGCGUUCGGUUCUCUAACAAUACGCUCUCACGCGAAUCGUGUAUAUACGUGAGAGGGUAAGAGAGGGUUGGUUGGUUGGUUGGUUGGUUGGAGGGAGGUGGGAGGACAAGGAAAUCUCGCCGACGGCGAGUGGCGCGCAUUACGUCGUUGUCGUUCGAGUGCCGCCGCUACUUUGCUAUACUGCGUUUUCGCUCCAUCCUUUUUUCGGCGACUGCGUGCCGAAAUAUUUUAACUGAGAGAAAGGGUAUUAUUGCUAUUUUUUCUUUUUUUCUUUUCGAUAGUACUUUUUUUUUACGAUUCUAACUUACGUUCGUUGGAAAAGAUCUCUACUAUUUGUUUUUUCGAGAGAGAGAGAGAAGAGUGGGGGGUUGGCCACGAAGGAAAUAAGAUAAAUGGAUUAUUAGUGUGUCGUCGUGCGUGUGUUUUUCAAUGAAAAGAAUUUUCAAUCAAAGAGGAAGAAUUUAACGUGUCUACGAUUAGGUGCAACGUUCAUGCACCGAAGAAUUAUAAAAGAAAAAUAAGUCAUUGAUUUGUCUCGUGUGUCUCGCGAGUUGUUUACUCCGAUUUUAUUUAUCCAAAAAUAGUGAUUAACCUCGUGUUGAAGUUAUACGAUAAUAAUAAAAUAAUAAAUACGCGAGAUGAACGAAAUGUGUUCGAGAUCCACGCUGCUUUUCGAAAGUGGUGGUGGUUUCAUUUAAAAUAAUAAUAAUAAAUAAAUAAAUAAAUAAACAAGAAGAAUAAGAAGAAGUACAAGGGAAAAAAACUAAUAUAAGGGAGAGGAGAGGAGAAUGUGCCGUGAAGUUUUAUUCAACGAUUGAGAUCGGUUGCUAUGAUCGAGCCGCGUAAGAUUCACGUGAAACGAUCAUGGUUUACCUGAGGCUGCACGUCGGGAGGAGUCUACGAUCAAACGCAAACACGAGAUAUCUCAACUUCCUGAUCAUCCCGCUCUUCCCGCUCUGGAUUAUCGGCGCGUUUUGCGUAAAAGACUUACCCAUAUCGCACAUCGUGGCACUGGUCGGAGAUCCCACCUAUCUUCCCUGCGACAUAUCAACUACCCACGAAGGAGAUUCGGUACAUCUUGUGCUUUGGUAUCGCGAAGAUCUUGGAGCACCGGUUUACAGCGUCGACGCCAGAAAUCGAGACUUUGGCAGAGUCCAGAAAUGGUCGGACGACACGGAAUUUUCUGGUCGAGCUUACUUCAUGCCAGAUCAAAAACCGGCCAUGUUGGGUGUGGAUCACAUAAGGGAAGAAGACGCUGGCAUUUAUCGAUGCCGAGUCGAUUUCCAGAUCGGCCAAACUCGAAACUACAAAGUCAAUUUAACGGUGAUAGUUCCACCUCUGAAAAUCGUAAUCACCGACGAAAGAGGUAUAGCACGGGACCAAAUGACAGGACCAUACUUACAAGGCGAUACCCUAAUACUUUACUGUGAAGUUUAUGGCGGCAAACCGCCGCCCACUUUGACCUGGUACCGUAACAACAAUUUCAUGAAUAACAAAACCAUGAACGUACGAAACGGCGUGACGCGCAGUGAAAUCGUAAUAAAAAAUUUGGAAAGAGACGACGUUCUCUCGGAGCUGACCUGCAACGCGACGAAUAAUAACGGAUCGUUCACGCUGUCCUCGACCAUUCUACUGGAUAUGAAUUUCAGCCCUUUGGAAGUAAAAAUAAAGGACGCCAACCAGCCACUAUCGGCCGGUAAAAGGUACGAGCUAGUCUGCAGGACUUCCGGUUCGCGACCACCGGCGAUUGUGACCUGGUGGAGAAAUGGUCAACGUUUAGUGGAUUCCGUGGAAACGACUUCAAGCGAUGGAAACACGACCACCAGCGUCUUAUCUUUUAUGGCAACCAAAGCAGAUGCCGGUAGACACUUGUCAUGCCGAGCUGAAAAUUCGAUCAUAGGAAAAGCACCGAUAGAAGACGUCUGGAUACUAGAGAUACAAUAUACACCGGAAACUAAAAUACAAUUGGGUACAUCAUUGAACCCUAGCAAGAUUCGAGAAGGCACGGACGUUUACUUUGAUUGUUUGAUACAAGCCGAGCCACCGGUUACUAAAGUUGAAUGGCGUCAUCAGGGAAAACCACUUUAUCACAACGCCAUGCAAGGUAUCAUAAUCAGUAACCAAAGUUUGGUACUCCAAGGAGUCGACCGUAAGAGUGCUGGUAAUUACACUUGCGUUGGUUACAACGUCGAGGGUGACGGCGAGAGCUCACCUUUCUAUUUGAACGUCAUGUUCGCGCCAACUUGUAAGCCGAACCAAACGAAAUUUCACGGUGUUGCUAAACAAGAAAAGGCCAACAUAUCCUGCCAAGUGGAAGCAAAUCCCACAGAAGUGCAGUUCCGGUGGACGUUCAACAAUUCUGCAGAGAGUAUCGACGUUGCCGCUGGCCAUAUCGCCAGAGCAGGCACAUCCUCGAUCGUUUCGUACACACCGAUGACGGAAUUGGAUUACGGAACGUUGCUAUGUUGGGCUACGAAUCGUAUAGGGCAUCAACAAGUGCCUUGCGUCUAUCACAUUAUACCCGCCGGUCGUCCGGAUAUGGUACACAAUUGUACUACCUCUAACACAUCGACCAACUCGUUUUCGGUGCGAUGCACCGAGGGUUUCAACGGUGGCUUACCGCAAUCCUUUCUUCUCGAGGUGAGGGAGAGCAACAGCCAGGAAUUGCGUGCAAAUUUAACAUCCACGGUGCCGCAUUUCAGCGUCGCUCAACUCGAGUCCGGUGCUCUUUAUCAGGCGUGCAUUUACGCGUACAACGAGAAAGGGCGCAGCGAAGCGAUGGUCGUGCAAGCAGGAACGUUGAGGCUACCUGAAAAACAAUUAACAUCCGAGUCAGAAAGGCCACGUCAAAAUGUGAGAUUGACCCCGAUGCUGAGCGUCAUGAUAGGCGUUGUAACGGCAUUGGUAAUCGUCGCGGUAAUAGUUAUGAUAGUUUUGAGGAUCCAACAUACGAAUGUUGAGGAACGUGGUAAAUCGCAAAUGGAAGAACACGGAAAACAAACUAAACCUGCGCCGAUACAACGCGAAUUGAGGUUCCGCGAAGGAAGUAGUCUACUUGCCGAUGAAAAACAUCCAGGUAGUCCGUUCAGAAAAUUGGAUACCAGUGGUGAUUUAAGCGAAAGCGACGAGAAAAAUCCGGACAUCAUACCGCAACAAAUAACCGGGGACGAGCCCUCGGAAUAUUUAAGAAAAAGACGAUUGGUAUCGACGAUCGAAACUUCCCCAUCAAGAAGUCUCUUGGAACAUUCGACCAUAACUUCGUUAACAACCCAUGGCAGUUACGUUGGUUACUGCACCAUUCGUAAUGGGAUGCCAUUGCACGAAUUUUCAAAUUUAUCUAUCAAGCAUAAAAGCUUCCAGCCAAUUAUCGGAAGCGUGUACGACGAUGGGGUAUGCACUUUACCGAGACAACAUUGGCCGACUCAGAACGUCCAAUCGAUGACGAUGAGUCCACCUAUGCUCUACUCAGGUUUAGGGGUAGUUGGUAGAACCUGUCCAAGUACAUGCACACUCUUAUCUAAGGACAUCGAAACGAGAGCUCCUGCACAGUGUUGCGUCCAAUCGCAAAAAGAAACGACCGUCACUACGCCCAUUGUGAUGGCCAAGAGAGAAAGUUCGGUGUGACGUUGCAAUUAAUGCACACUGUUAGAAAACUACUAACACACCGACAUAUAUUAGAAAAGAAAAGAAGAAAUUUAUUGUUAAUUAUCUUAUCGCUUGCGAGAGAAAUACGAAAGAAUGAAUGAGUGUGUUGUGUGUGUGUGUGUGUGUGAAUGAAUGAGAAAGAAAGAAAGUGUAUGAUGUGACGCAUGUCGUAUGAGUUCAAAAUACGAACACCUCUUUUAAUUUGAACAAAUUCAUUUUCUACCCUCGCCCACCCCUUAAAUGAAAUCACCAUUUUAAUAACCUAUGUUUGAAUCAAGUGCCCUUUUUAUAUUAAAGGAAGACUUUGAAACUGAUAACUGCGUCGAUAGAUGUAUGUACGUGACUUGAGAGAGAGAAAGAAAAGAGGGGAAAAAUGAAAGAACACGUGUGAAAUUUAGUAUGAAUGUAUUCUACACAUAUAAUACGUAUGUAUUAUGUGUGUGUGUGUGUGUGUGUAGUAUGUGCCUGCGUGUGUGUGUACAUAUAUAAAUAUACAUAUGUACAG